AUGGAAAACAGAUCUGAAAUGGAUGGGUUCCUCCUUAAAGGAAUAACAGAUGAUCCAGAGCUUCAGGUUCCUCUCUUUAUCAUGUUCACUCUCAUUUACCUCAUCACUCUGGUAGGGAACCUGGGCAUAGUAGCUUUGAUCUUCUGGGAUUCCCACCUCCACACACCCAUGUACUUUUUCCUCAGUAAUCUCUCUCUGGUAGAUUUUGGUUUCUCUUCAACUGUUACUCCCAAGGUGAUGGCUGGGCUCUUAAGAGGGGACAAAACCAUUUCCUUUAAUGGGUGUGCUACACAGCUGUUCUUUUUUGCAGCUUUUGCUACUACUGAAAGUUUUCUUUUAGCCACCAUGGCCUAUGAUCGCCAUGCAGCUGUGUGUAAGCCCCUACAUUACACCACCACCAUGACAUCAACUCUAUGUGCAUCUCUUGUCUCUGGUGCUCACAUUUCUGGCUUUCUGACCUCCUCCAUAGUCACAGGAAACAUAUUUAGACUUGCCUUUUGUAGGUCAAACAUAGUGCAUCACUUUUUCUGUGAUAUCCCCCCUCUCCUGGUUCUAUCUUGCUCUGAUAUCCAUAUCACUGAGUUAGUAGUCUUUAUCUUUGGGUCAUUCAAUGCCUUUUUUCCAUUUCUUGUCAUCUUUACUUCUUAUUUGCUAAUCUUUAUCACCAUCUUGAAGAUCCGUUCUGCAGAAGGCCGCCAGAAAGCCUUCUCCACCUGUGCUUCCCAUCUCACGGCAGUGAGCAUAUUUUAUGGGACAGUCAUCUUCAUGUACUUCCAACCCAGCUUCAACCAUUCAAUGGACUCAGAUAAGGUGGUGUCAGUGUUCUACACCAUGGUCAUUCCUAUGUUGAAUCCUCUGGUCUACAGUCUCAGGAACAAAGAUGUCAAAAAUGCUUAUAGGAAAACUGUGAUGGGACAGCACCUUAAAUCAGAUCAUUUUUUUUCUUAG